AAGGAGCCGACAUGUGUCUGCGCCUUGGUGGCCUGAGCGUGGGGGACUUCCGGAAGGUGCUGAUGAAGACGGGGCUGGUGUUGGUGGUGCUCGGUCACCUGAGCUUCGUCGCAGCCGCCAUCCUGCACGGCACCGUGCUGCGUCACGUGGCGGCCCCACACGGCCCGGUGGCUCUGCAGUACUGCGUGGUCAACAUCAUUGCUGUCACCUCCGCCAUCGUGGUCAUCACCUCGGGCAUCGCGGCCAUUGUCCUGUCCCGCUACCUCUCCAGCACAGCCCUGCGCUGGACAGUGUUCAGCUCGAGCGUGGCCUGCGCGCUGCUCUCUCUGACCUGUGCCCUCGGCCUCCUGGCGUCCAUCGCCAUGACCUUUGCCACCCGGGGCCAGGCACUGCUGGCCGCCUGCAGUUUCGGGGACCCUGAGCUACUGGUGCGAGCACCCAACUGUCCCUUCGACCCCACCCGCAUCUACAGCUCCAGCCUGUGCCUCUGGGGCAUCUCACUCCUGCUCUGUGCUGCGGAGAGCGCCUUCGCCCUGCGCUGCGCCCAGCUCACCCACCGGCUGCUGGCCCUGAGGCCGUGGUGGGGCAAAGGCGGCAGCCCGACGACGCCAGAGAGCCCGGAGCCGGUGGAGGGCCAGGACCUGCUGAGCUGCGCCAGCUCGGAGCCGCUGACCCUCUGAGCUGACGCCGCCGCCCGCGGCCACCCGGACCCCAAAGCCAGUCUGCACUGCGCAGGGCUGGGCUUCCUAGAGCCCCUGCGAGACUCGGCGGACCCUGGGACAAAGCCCCGAGCCCGCCCCGGCGCGCAGCCCACUGCACUGAAACGCAACUUUAUUCCGAAGUUAUUAAAAAGAACAGCGAUGCUGCGCGCGGCUGCAUGCGGGGAGGGGCGGGCUGGCCGGGGCCUGCGCUUUCCCACGGCCCUCGGA